CGCCGCGUGAUGAAAGGUACAGAGGAAUAUUAAUUCUCCCUCCGCUCGCCGUGGGCCCGUGGGCCCGUGACGUCACCGGAGGAAGUCAUCGCGGCGGCUCGACGGCGGAACGAUUAGAAAGCGAAGGAAAGCGCGUGAUGUGGACGAACUGCUCCUCCGCGAGACACUCAACCGCCACGCACCGACCCGAGCGCAAAGUUUAGAGAACCCGCAGCAAGAGGCGCGCGUUGGACGACCCGCACACGGAACGCGCGGACAUGGAGACGUGGAUUUGAUUUCGUUCCCCUGACAACUCUUUUGGGUUCUCCUUCCACUUGUUAGAAUUAAAGUUUUUAUUAUUAUUCUUUUGGGUGAGUUGAUUUGUUGUCUGUUUACAUCAUCCUCAUCAUCCUCACCCUCGCGCGGGUCACACGGAGGAGUUUUAAGCGCGCGCGGUCGGUGUUAUGAAGACGUGUUUCCCGCGGUGUUAACAUGGACGGGUCCAGCUUUGGAAUAGACACUAUCCUCUCGAGCGCCUCGAACCCGGGUCCGGUCCCCGCGGCCGCCAUGAUGAGCGCAGACUCGCGCCUCGGAGACUCGCGCCUCGGAGAGGCCAGGGCGGCGGACGCACGGAGCCAUGCGACGCCGUCCCCCGCGUGCUCGGACAUAGACACGGUGGGCACGGAGCCCUCGUCCCCCAUCUCAGUUACCAUGGACACCCCGGACAGUCCCCAGCAUCCGCUGCAUCCCCAUCCACCACCUCCACAGCAGCAACAGCCUCCACCACCAGCACCACCUCCUCCACCUCAGCCAGCACCACCCGCUGCGGGCGGUGCCGCCGCGCGCACAGCCACCUCGUCCUUCCUCAUCAAAGACAUCCUCGGCGACAGCAAGCCGCUGGCCGCGUGCGCCCCGUACAGCACGAGCGUCCCGUCGCCGCCCGACCACCACCACCACCACCACGCGCCAAAGGGCGAGAGCGCCUCGCCGGGAGCGGACGGCUUUCGGCCGAAGCUCGAGCAGGACGAGCUGAGGGCGAAGCGGGAAGAGCUGCAGCACGAGAUGAAAUGCAACGGCAACAAGGAGGAGGGCGAGCGGGAGAUCUCGAGCAGCAGAGACAGCCCCCCGGCCCGCUCCAAGAAGCCCCGCAAGGCGCGCACGGCCUUCUCCGACCACCAGCUCAACCAGCUCGAGCGCAGCUUCGAGCGGCAGAAGUACCUGAGCGUGCAGGACCGCAUGGACCUCGCGGCGGCGCUCAACCUCACCGACACGCAGGUCAAGACCUGGUACCAGAACCGACGGACCAAGUGGAAGCGGCAGACGGCGGUUGGGCUCGAGCUGCUGGCGGAGGCCGGAAACUACUCCGCCCUGCAGCGGAUGUUCCCCUCGCCGUACUUCUACCACCCCAGCCUGCUGGGCACUAUGGACGGCAGCACGGCGGCAGCGGCGGCCGCGGCCAUGUACAGCAGCAUGUACCGGACUCCCUCGGCGCCGCACCCCGGCCUGCAGAGGCCUCUGGUCCCCCGGGUGCUGAUCCACGGCCUCGGGCCGGGGGGGCAGCCGGCUCUGAACCCCCUGGGCCAGCCCAUGCAGGGCGCGCCGCACGCCCGAUAGAAACAGACUGAGACGAACCCCGAACAGCGAAAGCUACGACCGCAGCGACCGGUGGGACGCGCGGGGUGCGUGCGUGAGACGUGCGAGACGCGGGGAAUUACGCACGGAGGACACGCGGACACGCGCAGGCGGGACGUUUUAACGCAGAGACUCUAAAGACGUUUGAGCGCUGAAGGAGCUUAUUUAAGAGGAGAGGGAGAAGGACUAAAGCGGACGUGAAGGAGCUUCGAUGUCUGGUUGAUUGUUUUGUUUGUCUUUUGUACAAAUCCACUUAAAUUAGCGAAUAAACUUCUAAAGUUUAUUAGAUGAGGAGGGAGAAGCGAAUGAAUAAAGUACUGAUACGAAACGGAACGCGUCUGGUGGAUUCUGAUCAGAAACAUGAGGGAUGGAAAUCAAACUCCAUCCUACCCCGAGUACUGGUGGAGUACUGGUGUAGUUCUACUGGUGUAGCUCUGUGGAGUGGUACUGAUACUGGUGGAGUUGUAGGCCUACUGGUUCUACUGGGGCACUUCUACUCUACUACUACUACUCCUCUAAUCCGAUUCAGAUUACGUCAUUUAUCCGUCGCUCCAGAUAAAGUAAUAUAUCGAAUGUAUUUCUAGACCGGAGUAGGCUGUAAAAUCACUUUAAAUUAAACCACUGCGCUUUGCUCUUAGAGGGAUAAAUUACAAACGGGAGUCACCGCAAUUAUUAUGAAUAAACAUUUUAACGGCCUUUUAUAUUAUCGUAGCAGCUUGGUUUAAAAUGGUCUUCGUAACGCAAGCAGUGCCCGCGUGGCUGGAAGUGAACCCGCAACCGCGUGUGUGUGUGUUUGUGUGUGUGUGUGUGUGUGUGAGCAGGUUGAUGAGUGGGGCUGCAGACCCCCGACCCCCCCCGUGGUGGGACCGCUCCGUUGGAGAGCAGCUGUUCCCGGGGUCUCGUGGGGUGUUCCGCUCUUCCGUGGGGUGUCUCGUGGCAUGGUGGACAUGGGAGGACAAUCUUUUGACAUAAUCUUCUGCUUGAUGACCAACAGCCGUCAGCGCGGCGUGCAUGUUCCCACGGAGACGAACCAGCGUGUAUCUGACGGGGCAGAGAUGUUCAUAUAGACGGGGGACUCCAGAAUAGCCUGGAGUUAUUACAGUCAGGGCAUUCAGCAUACGCUUUUAUCCAUAGAUAUAGAUUUACAAUAAAUACAUUUGUCAGAAGAAAGAGAAACAAUAUACCGCUGUCGGUACAGUAAGGAUACAGUGCCAAACAUUAACA